AUGUUAAUCACCUUCAUUAAGAGCACUGAACAACAAUAUCGUAUCGAAAAGGAUUCUAUGGGAGCAAUUGAAGUUCCUUCCGAUGCUUAUUGGGGAGCUCAAACUCAACGUUCCAUUGAAAACUUUAAAAUAGGAGGGGAAAGAGAACGUAUGCCUAUCGAAAUUAUUUACGCUUUGGCUUUAUUGAAAGGAGCUUGUGCUAAAGUAAAUGCUGAAUAUGGAGAUUUGGAUGGUAAAAUUGCAGAAUUAAUUCAAAAAGUUGUUUCGGAAAUUGUUAAUGAAAAGAAGUUUGAUUCUCAAUUUCCAUUGAAAAUCUACCAAACUGGUUCCGGUACACAAACAAAUAUGAAUGUUAAUGAAGUUAUUUCUAAUCGUUGCAUUGAAUUAAUAGGAGGUCAAUUGGGUAGUAAAUCAGUCCAUCCAAAUGAUCAUGUAAAUAGAGGACAAUCCAGUAACGAUACCUUCCCAACAGCUAUGCAUAUUGCUUGUGCCAUUCAAGCUACUGAACGUGUUAUUCCAAUGUUGAAGAGAUUACGUGAAGCUUUUGAAAAAAAGAGACAGGAAUUUGCACAUAUUGUUAAGAUUGGCAGAACUCACACCAUGGACGCAACCCCAUUAACAAUGGGACAAGAAUUUUCAGCAUUUGUUUCUCAAUUAGAUUUUGCAGUUCACUGCAUUGAAAAAUCAUUGGAAAGAGUAUACGAAUUGGCUAUUGGUGGUACUGCUGUCGGAACUGGAUUGAAUACUCGUGAAUGCUUUGGAGCUGAUGUUUCUAAGGAAUUAUCAGUAUUGACAAGUUUGCCUUUCAAAGAUGCCGAUAACAAGUUUAUGGCUCUCAGUGGUAAUGAUGCCUUAGUUUCCUUGAGUGGCGCCUAUAACAAUUGUGCUACACUUUUAAUGAAAAUUGCUAAUGAUGUAAGAAUGUUGGGAAGUGGUCCAAGAUGUGGCUUAGGAGAACUUAUUUUACCAUCUAAUGAACCUGGAUCUUCAAUUAUGCCUGGUAAGGUCAACCCAACUCAACCAGAAGCAGUGACAAUGGUAUGUGCUCAAGUUAUGGGUAAUCAUGUUGGUGUUACUAUUGGUUCAUCAAAUGGUCACUUCCAAUUGAACGUUUUCAGACCUCAAGUUGUUAAUUCAGUUCUCCAAUCUGGACGUUUGAUUGCUGAUGCAUGUGAAUCAUUCGCCGAACAUUGUAUUGAUGGAUUGCAAGCUAACGAACCAAAGAUUAAGGAAUAUGUCCAAAACUCCUUAAUGUUGGUAACUGCCUUGAACCCAAUUAUUGGUUAUGAUAAUGCUGCUAAGGUUGCAAAGAAGGCCUACCAAGAAAAUAUCAGCUUGAAGCAAGCUUGUUUGGACCUCAAUUUACUUAGUGGUGAAGAUUUCGAUAAACACGUAAGAGCCGAGGAUAUGUGCUAUCCAGAUCCAAAACCAUCCAAUAAGUAAAUAAAACAGUAUUUAAAUUUUAUUGAC